ACACUGCAGAUCGAUCUCACAAUUCUUCUUUUCUCACCACGCUAGUUACUUUCACCGUAGCUAUUAACAGCUAGCAACCAACACCAUGACGAGCAAUACUACAACUACAUCGACAAGUAGUACGAGAACUAAGGACGGCGACUGUCGACAGAGCCAAUUGGCGGCCGACUUGAAAGCCAAAGGCCGUCAAUGUUUCGCCGCAGGAAAGUACGAUGAAGCGCUCAAGCAGUACAAUCGAGCCCUGACCGUGAUCAAGGCAUCGACGACGAAUGAAUCGAGCGCCUUGGUGGCCGAUUUGCACGGCGACAUGGCGGCGUGUCACGAACACCAAGGCGAUACCCCCAAAGCCGUGGAACUGCUCAAGAAACGCAUUGCACUGGAAACCAAGCUGUUUGGCAACGAAUCGUUGGAAGUGGCGCAGACGCAUCAACGCAUUGGAGACUUGUUACGGAACAGUGGCAAGUAUCCCGCGGCCAUUUCGCGGCUCAAGAGUGCCCUUCAGAUUCUUACGACGAUGGAAUCCUCCAACCCGGUGCAAAUAGCGCAAGUGGACUAUCGUUUGGGAGUGUGCUACCAAAAUUUGCCGGAUGACAAUCAAAACGUGACGCUCUUUCACUUGACGCGUGCCAUGGACACGCUCGAACAUGAGGCAAACCAAAAAGAACCACUUGUAUUGUUGGACGCCACCCAUUGUUCCAAUGCUCUGGCACGCAUUAUGCAAGACGAAAAGAAAAUCUACAAAAAGGCCAUUGACUAUCACAAAACGACUCUUAGCCUGGCAGAACAAUGUACGGGAUUGGAGACAGAGGAACAGACCGAAACGGUAAAGUCUCUCAUCGUUUCCAGCCACGUCAAUAUCCCCCUUUGUCGACAAGAACAAGGAAAGUACGACAAGGCAUUGAAACUCCACAAGAAAGCUCUGGGGAUACUCAUUAACAUUCAUGGAUAUCAUCACACCGAAACGGCCUCGUGUUUGACCAACAUUGCCAUUUGUUACGAAAAGCAAGGACAGCCGAAGGAUGCCCUACGAUACUACACACAAGCCGAAACGUCCCUUUUGCAAUCGUCAUCGGAGCAGGUGCAAGCACAAACGCGUCAGCUCUACGUCAAACUGUGGCGCUUUCAUCAAGCGCAAAAGAAUCCAAUAAAAGCCCAAGAAUACUACGACAAGGCCCAACGGGUGGCAUCCGCAUUGGCGGGGGACGAGUGGCAAGCCGUCACGAGCCAACAAGUGGCUCACUGCGUCGAACUCAAAACGGGUUUGGUUUCGACAGCUGGUGGCAACUGUGGGGGUACACCCGAUAAACUGACCAGCCAUACCAGCCGCAAACUGGAUCGUCGUCAUCGUCCUCGAAAUAGAUCGAAAAGUCCUGCAAGGCAUUCUCCCGUGGUGACUGGCAAAUCCAUUCGACGAACGGUGGCAGCAUAACUCUAUCAAUAUGUAUCAUAGAACAGCUUACAAAGAGAGAGAGAGAGACUAAGAGCUAUAGCUAGCUAGAUCAAAGAGAUGCAUCGUGAACACUAUAGCGAGCGAGAAGGUGUAUCGAUUUGACAUCAUCGUUUCCUUUGCGGUGUCGUCUAUGCAACCAUUCCACAGUCGUCUGAAACUCGAACAUGGAUGCAAACAUAUAUGGGUGGAGGAAGAGGAGCUGGUGGCUAAAGUGGUAACGUUACAAGUAGCAAUGCUGAUGCUGAAUGCACCUACAGCGAGGCCGAAAAGAACCCGUAAGACGUUUCUUUCCUGAGCUAUUCACCAGAUUCGCAAUAAACCGUACGUACCGGGACUACCGGUAGGUCUCCCUACCCUACCCUAUAAAAGGUUGCUGCAGCUCACUACAGCAACUCUAUUCGCAACGAAGAAGAAA